AGUUCCGUUUGAGGUGUGGUGCGGGAAGGUUCGCGUGUGUCAGUGCAAUGACUACUGUCAACUUCUAGGACUCACAGUGAACGUCAGUCAUGGUUUUCAUCUGAUUCAGUUCUCAUCUCAACCUGCCAUCAGUUUUCCCAACUAUCUUCAUUGGUGUUCAUAAAAAGAAAACUGUGGUGUUUGUGGUGGUGGUGGUGACAUUGUUGUUACUUGGUGAUGGUACUGAAAGUUUGUGUCAACAAUUCUAAAGUUUCCAUGUCCAACGCAGCAUGUCAAAAACUAUAAAUGCAUACCGUGUGAAGAAGAUAGAAUCGCUAGGCAGGAUGACGCAAAUGACGCAGGAGGAGAUAAUGUCGUCGACGAAGACGGUGGUGCAGGGCCUGGAGGCACUCAAGUCGGAGCACGCCAGCAUGCUGGGUGGACUGACGGCUGCCAGUGUGGAGCUGACCGUCAGUGCGGUGGAGAGAGCGCAGCUGGCCGUCGAGAACAGUGUGCUGCUCGAGAAGCAGGGACUGGUGCAGAAGUCGCUCGACAUGAUUGAGCUGGGGCUCGGAGAGGCACAGGUUAUGAUGGCGCUAGCAUCCCAUUUACAAAUUGUCGAGGCUGAAAAACAAAAGCUAAGAACACAGGUGAGAAGACUGUGCCAAGAGAAUGCGUGGCUGAGAGACGAACUGGCCAACACUCAACAGAAGCUGCAGUCGGCCGAGCAGGGAGUGGCUCAGUUGGAGGAGGAGAAAAAGCAUGUCGAGUUCCUAGCUUCCGUCAAAAAAUAUGACCAAGAUGGAGAUGAAUCAUCUUCAGAAUCCAAACAAGACAAACAAAAAGAUGACCCAGUAGUAGACCUUUUCCCAGAUGACGAUGCUGAUGAUAGAAAUAGAGAUGAAGAACUUGGACAGAGAAAUAAUAAUGAUGGUAAUAUGUCAGUGAGUAACGAUGCAAUGUCGCCAACCCCGCCGUCGCAGUUUGCGCAACAGGUGAACGCGGGCUACGAGAUUCCUGCACGCCUGCGCACCCUGCACAACCUGGUGAUCCAGUACGCGUCGCAGGGUCGCUACGAGGUGGCCGUGCCCCUCUGCAAGCAGGCGCUCGAGGACCUCGAGAAGACCAGCGGCCACGACCAUCCCGACGUCGCCACUAUGCUCAACAUACUCGCGCUUGUCUACAGGGAUCAAAACAAAUACAAAGAGGCUGCAAAUCUUCUCAACGAUGCGUUGGCGAUUAGGGAAAAAACUCUCGGCGAAAAUCAUCCAGCGGUGGCUGCCACCCUGAACAACCUAGCAGUUCUGUAUGGUAAACGUGGCAAAUACAAGGAGGCUGAGCCACUGUGCAAGCGAGCCUUGGAGAUCAGGGAGAAAGUGCUAGGCAAGGACCACCCUGACGUUGCCAAGCAGCUCAAUAACCUCGCUCUCCUUUGUCAGAAUCAGGGCAAAUACGAGGAGGUGGAACGGUACUACCAGCGCGCUCUGGAGAUCUACGAGUGCAAACUGGGCCCCGAUGACCCGAAUGUGGCCAAGACCAAGAACAACCUGGCCUCCUGCUACCUCAAGCAGGGCAAGUACAAGGAGGCCGAGAUCCUCUACAAGCAAGUGCUCACCAGGGCGCAUGAGCGGGAGUUCGGCACCAUUGACGGGGACAACAAGCCGAUCUGGCAGGUGGCGGAGGAGCGGGAGGAGAACAAGCACCGCGACCGCGAGAAUGCGCCCUACGGCGAGUAUGGCGGCUGGCACAAGGCGGCCAAGGUCGACUCGCCCACCGUCACCACCACGCUCAAGAACCUCGGCGCACUCUACCGGCGGCAGGGCAAGUACGAGGCCGCCGAGACACUCGAGGACUGCGCGUUGCGUACUAGGAAGGAUGCACUGGACAUAGUGAAACACGCAAAAGUGGCGCAGAUCCUUGGCCGCAGUGGUAGCGGUGGUGGCGGAGAGGGGGGCGGUGGAGACCGUCGCUCGGUGCGGAGCUCCCGGCUGGGGUCACGCGAGUCACUCGAGUCCAUGCAGUACGAAGCCACAGAUGAUAACUUGAUGGCGUCGACUUUAAACUUAACACCCGCGGGCGCGGGUGCGGGUAAUUCGAAUUCUAGUGACCCCAAGCAAGCCGGCCUAAAAAACAAACUAUUCAACGUCCUUGGCAUCAAUUCAUGAGUUUUCUCCUAGUUUUAGAUAGCUAUUACAAUUUAUUGUUUACCUAUUUUUUGUUAUCGAAUUGCUUUCUUUUUCAAAGCGAUGAAUGUGAUACGGCAAUUGUGUAACACUUUUAAGCAUGGUGGAAAUUUGAAAAUAUACACGUUGAUUUCAAGUAAAAAUUUCAAUCUAACAAAAUCGUAUUUUGAGGUAGUGUUUGAUGUACCCUAUGUAAAUGUGUAGUCUAUUUUGAUGUACAAAUUGAAUCUGUUGAAUUUCUUAUGUUUGGAAUCCCAUUCUUAUUUCCAACUUGAUAAGGUAAACAAAACCUUACACAAUUAAAAUAAGGUAUAAAGUCAUACCUUGUCCAAAACUCAUCAUAAAAUUGAGUGAAUCUCAGUCAAUUUUUCAAUUUUUGAGUAUCGUUACUCAUGGAAUAGGAGUUUAUAUACCAUAUUCUACUUCGAAACUUUGAUAAAUACCUCUAUAAAGAAUAUAACUUGAGUAUUAUUGAGUUUAUAAUUGAUCUCUACAAGCUAGAAUCCUAGCUUGAUGGAACUGCUUGUAAGCUCUAGUGAAAAAGUAUACCUCUACAUUUAAAAAUCAAUCACUUGUUUUUUUCAUUGAAUACUUUAUAAUCCAUCACUGCUUGAUCCAAUCACAUAAAUUCUCAUGUUUUUAAAUUAUGUAUUUCUUUAUUUUUCUCAUUUUGAAUCAUCAUUGUUUUGUUUCUAUUUUUUGUGGAAUUCAUCAUGUGAUUGUUCCUAUAUUUUUUACUAUAUAAUUAUCUACAGUUUAUUUGCUCCCUGUCCAGCAUUUCUCAUAAAUUUAGUUGAGAGUGUAUAUUUUCAAAUUCCUUCUUUUAUUAAUUUUAUUAUUUACACUGGUCUAAUUUUAUAUCUUGUUUCUAGACUAUUCUUUUUCUGUAAUAGGGUUGGUGUUGGCAGUCAUUUUUUUGUUAAUUCACACAGUAAUCAAAUUUUCUACCUAAUUUUUAAUUUUGGGUUGUGUCAAUGUUCCACCUACUUCUUCUCUUCGCUCUCUCGCUUCAUAGAUGCUUUUAGUGUUGACAGGAAAUUUAGAAUUUCUUGUCUUAUUGUAUGAAUUCUACAAUUAUUUUUCAAUCAGCACUUAUCCUAUCACCUUUGUUGGAAUAAAUAGUAUUUCAACAUAUAAAAGCACAACAUAGACUAAACAUAUGAUUAUUAAUUGAAAAUUUUCAAUACAUUAAUUAAGUUUUCCAUUAUUAUAUAGCAUUCCUUACAUAUUAGUUCCUCCCCUACUUGAAUGGUUUUGUAAACACCUAUUAGUAGUUAAUUUUUACACUCUAAAGAGCUACUUACUAUUGGUUUAAAAUAAUCGGGAAUACUAAAUAAACCCCUGUAACAAAGUAAGUGAUUCUAUUUAAUAAACGUAAUAUCAAAAAAUUAAUCAAAAAACUACUAAAUAAAUAAUUACCCAAAAAAUAAACUCAUGGCCAUCCAUUUUUUAAGAAAUCCAUUUCUAAGAAAUUAUAGCAAGAGUUUUUUAAGAAAUUAUAACAAGUUUGAAAUGACUUUCUUGAAACUCAUAAAACAUGAAACUUAAAUUCAUAAAAAACAAUCUUAUCCAAAAUGUUAACUAUUAAUCAUUCCAUUGCCGUAAAAUUGAUAAAAAAUUAUCUUACUUGGACCCUAAAAACUUAAACUUCAAAACUCAUCUUGAUUAAACUUAUUCAACUUUUAAAGUCACAUUAAUGGAUCGAUCAUGACUAUUUCAAAUCAAAAUGCCUCUUUUAAGUUCGACUUUGUCUAAAUAAAAAAAUAUUCUAAUUCAUUCAAAUCUUCCAUAAAAAUUCUUUUUCCUGAAUGAAUGUAAUUCUUUAACGAUCCCUUUCGUACUCUCAACCAUGCAGUUAAGAAAAAAAUGUGUUCUUUAAACAAUAAAACUUCUAAUUAAUUAAUUGAGCAUUUAUGAUGUCUUAUUUAUUUUUUAUCCAUGUACCCAUUUUUUCAAUAUAACAUAAGACUGCCAGCUCCACCUCUAAACGUUUUACUACUUAUAAUUUUAGUUUUGUUUAAAACUACUUAUUUCCAAAAUUUUCACUUGGUUUGAAUAAAAAUCAACUUAACGAAAUUAUAAAAUCAUUGAUACUGUACGAAUUUAUUAGAGUUAUUUCAGUUUUUCUUCAGAAGUAUAUUCUAUUCAUUAAAUAGAAAUAUAUUUUUAAUAAUCGUUAUAAUGUUGAAUGAUUGUGUGCUCAUACUAUUAAUUAGAUUUAAUUGUAUAAAUAAACCGUUGAAGUUUUAUACCGUUAUCUAGUUGAAUAAUAAAUAUUAUUUGUUGAUAUUAAUAGGAAUUAUGAGCCCAGUUAUGAUUAUUGAUGAACGCAUUUGGUAAUCCAUUUAUACUAUUCAAAUUUGAUAUUGAGAGUAGAGUAAAACAAGUCAGGUUGAGUACUUUGCUUUUGGUACUUUAUUUUCAGUAUCUUAAAUAUGUUUUACAAAGUUUUUGUUUAAUUUCCCUUUUUUAUUGUACACAUCUAUGUUUUAGUUUGAUCUUGGAAAAUUGAAUUCAAAUCAUCAUUGAGUCCAGUACGGCAUCUCUUUUAUUGACAAAAAAAUGUUUGGUUCUUCAAAUCAUGAUGUAGGAAUUUUAUCCAUGACAAAUAAACAAAGGAAUUAAUGAGAACAAUCUGUAUCUGAAUAGUAGGUUUGAUAAAAUAAGGAUCAAAUAAUCCACUCCUUCCAAUCGCAUCAGGAACUGGUGAAUUCUAGGCUACUUGAAUAAAGUCAUGAAUAAGAUUUAACGCAAUAAUUGUCUUGGAAUAUUUUAAAAUAUGAAUUAUUUACAUUAAUAAGGUUUAAGAGUAUUUUGAGUAUACAACUAAACUGGAAUUUGCUUGCAUGUUGCUGAAAGAAGAUCUGAAUAAUCAGUUAAUUUUAUUGUUUCACAAAACAAUCACUUCUUAGCCGUUUAAUAAUAAAAUAAAUAUAAUUUUUAGGUUAUCUUGAUUACUCUUCAUAUUUGGCAUAUUCUGAGGUUCCAUAAAUAAAUUUCGAAACCUUAUUACGUAUAAUUAAGAGAAUUGCAUUUUUCAACUCUGAUAUUAAUAUCUGUAAUCAUUUUGUAGCCGAUGUCAUAAUAGAAGUUAAUGAAUCAAACCUCGCGUUUUGCAAUCUAUUCAUUACUACUUAUUAAAUUAUUAUUAUUAAAUUUUCUUUUUCCUUUUUUUAUUAAAAACUAGUUUUUAAUGCAUUGCGAUCAAAAAUGUUGAAAAUAAAAAUGAAUAAUGAUGAUA